AAGACCGACAGCCAGAUCUGCGAGCUGUCGUACACCUCCUUCACCGGCACCGGCGGCGGCGGCGAGGGCGAUGCCAAUGGCACCGGCGAGGGUGGCUCCAUCUCCCUCAAGGACAUGACCGACGACAAGAUGAAGAAGAUGCGCGUGCGCGACAUCCGCCGCGCCGCCGCCGCCCUCGGCGUCAAGUGUGAGGGCUGCCUCGAGAAGGGCGACUACGUCAGCGCCAUCCGCGCCCAGCGCGACAAGAAGACCGAGCUCUGA